AUGUCCACAUGUUCCAGGGAUCAGGAUGUGGACAUCUUUGGAGGACCAUUAUUCUGCUACCACACUGUUUUUUGUCCCUCCGAAGUUUUCAGUGAGUCUGUGAAGCUUGUGUACAUUGCAAGGAGGCUGUAUUGGUCAGGGUGCAAGCAGAAACGCAGAACCUCUAAGAGAAAGCCUGGGAGGACCAUGGGAGUGAUGUUCACACCUCCGACAAUGAAAUAUGUAUACUGUGACACUGAACGCAUUGGAGUUGACCUGAUCAUGAAGACCUGCUUUAGCCCCAACAGAGUGAUUGGACUCUCAAGUGACUUGCAGCAAGUAGGAGGGGAAUCCGCUCGCAUCCGGGAUGCCUUGAGCACAGAGUUGCAAUAUGCAGAGGAUGUACUGUCUGGAAAGGUGUCGGUUGGCCGCUUCCUGGUUAACCAAGUACCCAAAAUAGUUUCCUAUGACUUCGAGAUCGUGCUCAACGGUUACAUCAACGACCUGUUGAUGGUGACCUACCUGGCCAACCUCACACAGUCACAGAUUGCCCUCAGUGAAAAACUUGUAAACCUGUGAAUGGAGCCCAAGCAGUACGCCUGCUGGUCUAGGUCUUAACCCCAGGACUCAGAAGUGAAGGAGAAAUGGGUUUUUCGUG